AUGGAUGAAAUAAUAAUGCAGGACAGAGGUAGUACCUCUGCAUAUAAUAUAAAUGCUUAUGAAAGUGACACUCGAUUAGGGUUGGUAGGAGGAGUAGAUAACUCUACAGUGACAAGGAUUCGUUCGCGAAGUCUUUCUAAUCCAAAUGAAUAUACUGAGAAAUACUUGUUAUUAGAUCCAGGUAAUCAUCCAUCAUCACAUUUUAAAGACAAGAUGUCACCUCUUAGAUUUAACAUACGUCAAUAUUUUAUAAAAUUUGUUGAUAAUCAAUCAUCAAGUUUAGCUAAAUGGCAAACAAAACAUCGAUCCCCAAUUAAUGAUAUAUUUUUCUCAUAUUCUGCAUUAUUAGGAUCUCAUACAUUUUAUGUCUUAUGUUUACCAUUGCCAUGUUAUUUUGGUUUAUUUGAAUUUACAAGAGAUACAGUAUAUAUUAUUGGUUAUUCCAUAUAUCUUUCGGGUUUACUCAAAGAUUAUUUAUGUCUUCCAAGACCUAGAUCUCCACCGGUACAUAGAAUUACAUUAAGUGAAUAUACAGCAAAGGAAUAUGGAGCACCAAGUUCACAUACUGCAAAUGCUAUUGGUGUAAGUUUAUUAAUUUUACAAUGGGCAUUCACUAGCAAUACUGUGACAUUAAAUCAAAAGAUUAUAUUAACAAUUCUGGCCAUAGUUUAUUGUUUAACCCUUACUAUAGGUAGAAUAUAUUGUGGCAUGCAUGGUUUAUUUGAUUUAGUGAGUGGUGCUCUUGUUGGAUUGAUUUGUUUCUUAAUAAGAAUGAUUUUGAAAUACACAUUUAUUAAUUUCAAUUGUGGAAGAUAUUUUUGGUAUCCCAUAAUAUCUGUUUGUUGGGGUUUAACCAUUUUAUUUAAUCAUCCUUCACCAAUUGAUGUAUGUCCUUGUUUUUAUGAUAGUGUUGCAUUUGUUGGUGUAAUUAGCGGUAUUGAGUUAUGUGAUUGGUUUAUUAAAUUUUUUGGAUUUUCAUUAGUUUAUUCAUUUGAUUUUACAACAAAUAUAUUAAUAAUGAUUAGAAGAUUAAUUGUUGGUAUAUUGGUUACAGUAAUAUGGAAAUAUUUAAUUGGUAAACCAUUAAUAAAUUUUUUUUUAUUGAAAAUUCUUAAAUUUAUUGAUGAUAGAGAUCUUGAUGAACAUGAUGAACCUUUGCCUGAAGAUCAUGAAUGCAAACUAUUUAAAGGCAAUUCAAAUGUUAAUAUUGUCGGUAGAUUUUUAAUAUAUGCUGGAGUUCCAAUGAGUGUCCUGUUGUUAAGUCCACCUGCAAUAACAUUUGUAGCUAAUUAUAUAUACUAA